AUGGGCGAGUUGAUGCGCAUCGUGGAAAGAUUCUGCGCUCUUGAAGAAUUCUACGCGGAUCGUGUGGCUCAAGGGCUAACAAACUCUACUACAACGGUCACACCUCAGUUGACAGCACCAGUCGCAACGCAGCAACCUCAGCCAAAGAAACUUGUCCACAACAUCAAGGAAGGGAAGAAGCGCAAGCCGAAGGAAAUCAUGAGGCAACCAUGGUUUGAAUGGCCAACAGGAAAGCUGGGCACAGACACUGGCCAAGCAGAUCAGAACCCCAGAAAGAAGUGCUCAUACCACAACGAGCUCGGUCAUUACACAACCACAUGCGCACCAUACAAAGCACUAUUAGAGCGUCUGGCAGCACAAGGCCAUCUCGAUCAGUACAUCGAUCAAGCCAAAACACCCACCCGUCCGCCUGCUAGGAAUCCCAACCCAAAUGAACUGCGACCGACGAUACACGUUAUCCACGGUCCCAUAACAAAGGAAUUUGAAUCCAAUCUUCAGGCUGACCUCAAUCGCGCAUCCACUUCCAAGCAGGUAAUCGCAGUAGGACCUGGAUCCAAACAACCACGACCAAAAGAGUCACCCAAAUGGACAAUUACUUUCACCGAGCGCGAUCUCGAACGUGUGCAAACACCACACUCCGACGCCCUCGUCGUAACCGUUCAAAUUGGAAUACAUGAUGUCAAGCGCGUUCUAAUCAAUCAGGGAAGCUCGGCGGAGGUCAUGUACUAUGACCUAUUCAAAAAACUUGAUCUCCCAGAAUCAGCUUUGCAACCCGCAGAAGUACCCCUCAUCGGAUUCAACGGAGCACCCGUUUGGCCACUUGGUCGAAUCUUCCUGCUAGUCGUCAUUGGCUCGAAAACGUUGAGCGUCGAGUUCAUCAUCGUCAACGUACCUAGCCCAUAUAACGCAAUUCUUGGCCGAACAUGGCUACACGGCAUGCAAGCGAUCGCCUCAACCUACCACCAGGUCGUUCGCUUCAUCGACAUCAAUGGGAGAUGGGAAGAUCUUCGAGGCGACCAAAUAGCCUCCAAAAAAUGCUAUGUCUCUGCCGUCCACAAUUCCACCAAAGCCAAGCAAGUGCAAUGGGUCGAAAUUCCAGACAUCACCAUGAUCGAUGACAUCAGCUAG